GUAUAUGCAGCUAUAUGUAGUAGGUAAUCAUACAAAAGUUUCGCAUGGUCACGUACUUGAUUUCUGUCCAAAUACUUCUUCCCGUUUCAUCGUCCAGGCUGCUCUCCAACCACUCUAUUCUAUUUUUCAGGGACUGGCAAUCACAAAGGUUUUCUGGGCCUGUGUCUCAGUCACGAAACACAAGCCGUCCCAGGGCAUUCCUGCCAAUCUCUAACAACCCGCACCCAACAAGGGGAAGCUCCAGACGACGAGAUCCGACUCGACUUUUACAGGAACGGCUGACAUUCCGUUCUACACCCGCAACUCGUCCACUGAACACCACUCAUCCAUCAUCCUAGGCCAGGUCCCGUCCUCCACCCACCCACACCACCACCACCAC